AACGAGACAUUUUUGUUGUUAUUACCCGCUGACUCGCUUAAUCGCUGAUAUUAGAAGGAAACAUUUCAUUGAAAACAUGGCUGACAUUGGCGGUAUGAUAGCCGCCACAGGCAUCGAAAGCCCGAACAAACGGGCGAAAAUGGAUAGCGGACUGACAGCAACAAACUUCGAUGAAUCAAAAUUUGCCAGAUAUUACAGAACAGACGCAGCCAGCUCUCCCACAAGCUCGCAUUCCGCACCAGUUGUCAGUGAUACAUCAGCAUAUUAUUCAUACCCGUACACGUUCGCGAAUUCUUUCUCUUCGUAUUCGUAUCCUUGUGGACAGCAGACGGACGCAGCAGCUUUGUACACAUACCCCGCAUCUUAUGGCGUUCCCUACAGCACACUGAAUGGCUUCAGCACGGAAUAUUCGCCAUCCUCAGGUUAUUCAUUAUCUCCCAGUUCUUCAGUUUCUACGUUGGCAUCAAACUCAAGCCUCACUCUUCCACAGUCAUUAUCUCUAAAUUCUACAGCACAUCACAAUACGCCUCCUUCGCGUGUCAUUCACUGUCGAGCAGUUGCAGAUGGUUGUAAAGAAACAGACUUAAUAAACGUUCUUCAGCCUUUCGGGAAAAUUACAUAUGUGACAUUAUUGCCAAAAAUUAGACAAGCACUGGUGGAAUUUGAAGAUAUUGAAUCUCCCAUAGCUCUAGUAUCAUUCUCACAGUCAAAUACACUCACUGUUCUCGGUAGACAAAUGUUCGUGAAUUACUCAAAAAGUCAAGAAAUAAAAAGGGAUAAAGUUCUUAAUGGUGACAGUAAUGGAGCUUGUUCUGAAGCUAGUAAUAUUCUCCUUCUUACAAUAAUCAAUCCUUUACAUCCAAUCACAGUGAAAGUGCUUCAUAAAAUAUGUAGCCCCCAUGGGAAAGUGUUGAGAAUUGUGAUUUUUCACAAAAACGGAUUACAAGCUUUGGUUGAAUUUGACAAUGUCGAAGCAGCACAGCGAGCUCUUGCAACACUCAAUGGACAAGAUAUAUACGCUGGAUGCUGUACUUUGAAGAUUGACUAUUCAAAGAAAGCGAAAAAGUUAAAUGUUUUUAAAAAUGAUGAUGAAACAUGGGAUUACACUGGAGCACUUAGCAACAACUCAGGGAUUCCAAGUAAGACAGCUCUUUUGGGUUCUGGCCUUUUGUCUGCAAUAUCAGGAAAUGAUGCAAGUGAAUCACAGUUGUCAAGCUCACCACCUAACAACAUUUCCCUAAAUGGAAAUAUGAGUGAGUAUUUAACAAAAGUGGAACAACAACAAAUUAUUAAUGCUAUGCAAUGA